ACACUAUCUCUCACUUCUCGCUCACAAUGAUCGGAACAGUCGUCUCGUCUGCCGUGCUCUUGGCUCUUGUCGUUUACUCCGAGUCUGCAUCACUUCCGGUGGUGGCAGUUGCAGUUGACAAAUGUGUCCAUCAAAAUAAGACGUACAUGGUUGGUGAAAAGACCGACAGCGCGUGUAUGCCCUGCGAGUGCACGCCUAGCGGCCGUAUGGCCUGCCUGGUUAUUGAUUGUUUCUUCGCCCCUCCAUGUGUCGACCAUGUGACGAAGCCGGGGCAGUGCUGUGCGACUUGUCCAAACGGACGGAACUGCAAGUUUGGCGAUCACAUUAUCAAGGAGGGGGAAACGUACAAGCCAGACACUAAGACCGAGUGUAAAUGCAACACCCACGUAUUCGGGAUGGCCUCCCUGAAAGCUGUGUGUGCCACGACUGCCUCCAUCGCCUAAUGUGCCAAAGUUCAGAAAUAAAUGUAUGACUAACA